UCUAACGCGUCGCCACGCCAUCACUCGGCUGCGGCUCCGCGACCCGUCUCCUCCUUCCCCUCACCGGCCGUCUCCCCGCACCGCCCACCAAUCCAACUCCGAAUCGUCCUCCCCACACCCCGAGGUCGCCGGUCGCCGCAGCGCGGCAGAAGCCGGCGGAGAGGCUAACCGAAGCGGCAGAGGGGUUUGAUCCGGGAAAGCAUGAGCCUGGCCUCCCGCGCCCCCCGGCGUCGAGCUCGAAUCGGGAGAUAGGAAUUCGCGGAGGAGGAGAUGUCCUCCUCGCAGUCGCAGGAGGGGAAAUCCGCGGGCGCUGGGAGGGCGCAGGAGGAGCGGCCUUCCAAGGCCUGGGGGCUCCUCGUCUUCGGCCUCGUCGGCGCCGCCACCGCGACCCUCGCCGUUGGCCACGUUCGUAAAAGUGUUGAUUGGUUCUACACUCAGCUGAAUAAGGUGCAGACAACAUCUUCUUGGAGGAAGACAAGUAAAAGCUCCACCGGUGGAACUUUUAGUGACGAUGCUAGGAGAAGAUAUUAUCAACGUAUGCAGCAGGAAUUUGAGGAUGAACAGGAAAGAGUUCAAAGAAUAAGGCACAUGCAAAGUGUUUUCAACCGAGAGAGGAACAAAUUCAGGAAAAGUUAUGAAAGUUGGAAGGAGAAUGGGCCCCCAGGUGGAUAUAAUUACAUCCCGCGGGAUGACUGGUAUUGGCAGUCAGAUACGCCUAACUCGGAAAAUAAAAAUAGGCGGACUUAUACUCCGGCAGGACCUAGGGGUUAUCCUAUGUCGCAUCAUUACACCGUUCUUGGUCUUGAUAGAUCACGAGGGACUCCAUACACUGAUGCAGAAGUAAAGAAUGCUUUUAGAACAAAAGCAAUGGAGGUCCACCCUGAUCAAAAUCAAGAUAAUAGAGAGACUGCUGAAGAAGAGUUCAAGGAGGUUGUCAAAUCAUACGAGGCAAUAAAACUGGAGAGGAAAAAUAAUGCAAGUUGAUGCGUUUGUCUAUUGGAGCUUCCGGUGAAGACUUGCGCCAGUUGUUACAGCCCCGGUGCGCAGGCCAUGCCAUCAGGUGGAUGACAAACAAAAAAAUUCUCUGGCUCUUGCGGCCUUGCGGUUCUGUAGCGCAAUUUUAUACAUGAGUUUGUUGGUGGGAGCACACGUCCCUGAUGUAGUAGAAGUAGGAUAUUGUCGACAAAGAUACAAAAGAUGUGUUUCUAUAGCUAGUGAGUUGACCAUAAACUGGUUAAGGAGCCAACAUUUUUGUUGCCACCUGAGGAAUAUGCAUCCCAGUGCUGUACGCCUGAUGGUUAGUGUCUAAUUGGGUGGAAACUGAACAACUGAUUGAAAAUAAAAGUUAUUGGCACAUAACAGGGUGUUUAUUAUUUCA